AUGUGGAAGAAAUAUCUUGAAAAGAAUCCCAAACUAUUAGAAACUUUUCAGAAAUUUUGGAAGCAUCGUCAAAAUCAAACUACUACUAUUGAUGUAAAUUUUGUAGCAGGAGAAAUGCAGACAUUAUACAACUGGAUGUCUGAAAGAAUAUAUAAUGUCAAUGCACGAGGAGAUGUCGUAGAGUGGAGUAAAUCCGAUUUAGGAAUUGAAUGGAGUCAUGUGGUGGAAUAUAUGUGUAAAGAUCUUAACAUUAAAUAUGAAGUUUCGGAAAUGAAAAUGAAACUGUUCCAUGAAAUUUCUAACGACAAAUAA